AUGAUUACCUGGGGUAGGUCUUAUCAGUUCUCUUCGAGUUAAGUUACCAAGUUAUGUUUGCGAAUGCUUUGGAUAUACUCAACAAACGCUUGCCAGUUCCACUUAUUCACUAUUUACUUGUGUUCCAUAUAAAGCAAAAGGUCAACUGAAAAUAAAUCACAAAACGCUUACUGAUUCGAUUUACUAAGAAAACAUAACUGGAUACUGAAAAGCGAAACGGUGUAAAAUGAUUUUAUAUACCGACAUUCGUGGCUCUAGUUCUCAGGAGAAUAUCCAAACACGUGCGUUCACUAACUCAACUAAUUGUUUACUAAUCAAGUUUCUCAUACUGUACUACGAUAAAAAUUAUAACGUCAGCGUAACAAUAUAUAUAUAUUUUUUUAUAUAUAUAUUGUUAGCAUUGUCGUUUGUUUAGUCAGUAUCAGUUCUUGUCUGGAUUACUUUCUUAUAUUUUCUCUUCUUUUGCAAUUUCUAGAUAUGGAUGAAUGUAAAUCUGACAUCAGUGACUGCGAUGUGAAUGCAAACUGCACUAACAUGUACGGUUCUUACAAAUGCAAAUGUAAGGCUGGAUACACUGGUGAUGGACACUCUUGUUCAGGUACUUAUACCUUCAUCUUCAAAGAUGACCUGAUUUAUUUUGCUUCCAGUGGCUGUUUUAGCUAUUUUUUCUGUUAAUCGUCUCAAAAUAAUGAUUACAGAAAUGAAGUAGUAAUGAUAUUACUGAUGUAUCGACGAAUGCAGCGAUUCAUUUAGAUUAGUUACUUCUAGCAAUUACAUCGGGGGAAGUAAAUCUGCCAAACAGACUCAUGUAAAAAUAUAUAAAGGUGUAAGUUUCUAAAGAAACUGUGGUGCUGCGUCGGUGGGAGAAUAUAGCAGAUAAUUUAGUGUUAACAACUGGGUUGAAAACGUAAAUUAGCCACCGUAAAGAGUAAAAAAGCUGACGUUUCGAGUGUUAACUCUUCGCCAAAUCGCUCUGACGAAGGGCUAACGCUCGAAACGUCAGCUUUUUUACUCUUUACGGUGGCUAAUUUACGUUUUCAACCCAGUUGUUAACACUAAAUUACCUCAUGUAAAAAUAUGCUGUGCCGAUCGAUAUUUCUCAGUGCAACGAUAAUCUGCAGGUUUAUGACAUGUAUGUGACGUAAACUAAACAUUUUUUCUUUGAAAUCAUUUCUAUCACAUUAUCAUCUCACAACAUCACCGUUAUCAUCUUCAUCGCCACAUUUAACAUUACUAUGAUUACCAUCAAUCAUCACCAUCAUCAUGGUCAUCAGCUUUAACGUUGUAACUCUUCAUUGCACUGCUUAUUCUUUCAAGAUAUCAAUGAAUGUAACAACGGAAGCCAUUCGUGUGAUGUGAAUGCAAACUGUGAAAACACGAAUGGCUCUCACAACUGCAUCUGUAAGGAAGGAUACAUUGGGGAUGGACAAUCGUGCCAAGGUAUAUAG